AUGGCAUUAUGGCUAACACAAUCUCAGUUUUCGACAUCAAAAGUUCUUCAGAAUGAAGCGGCGGAAGCACUUACUCCUAACGAAGUCAAAGAUUUUCUUCUACAUUGCGGUUCUGAUUAUGGAUUCAUUUUUUAUAAGGUAAAAUUUACAAUUUUCUCCGUUUAUUCGAUGUUUAGGAUGGAGAACUAGUAUUCGGACGGGAUAUAUUUGGAAGAAAGUCGCUGGUCGGCAAUAUUUCUCAGGAUGGAGAGGAGAUUCGGCUCGAACUUACCAAUGGGUUCUUUGAACGGAAGGUAGAUAAAGAUAAUUGCCGAAAUUUCAUGUUUUUGUCGAAUUCAAUGAAAGAUUUACCUUCUGAAGCCUCAGAAAGAUGUUAUCCUUCUUUUCUAGGUGAUUGACUCGUUUGAAAUCCCUGUCGGAUCGAUUUUUCACUUCAAAAAAUUUCCGGCACCUACAAUUACCGAUACCUCAUUUGUCUUCAAACUUUCACCUCAUGAUAUAGCUCCUACCGAGCUGGAAAUCACUACAUAUUACGACUUAGAGCCGGAACAACCUCUCCUUAGUUUUUUUAAGACGAUUCAGGUCAAAAAGUUGGAUGCUUCGAGGUAUUUAAAAGUGAGUUACAUUGUUCUUGAUAGCAUUCUGAUUUUAGCCCAAUUCAGAUGUUUCAGCGGGAGACUCCGAGCGAAAAUUUGAGCCAACAGCGAGUAGAUUAAUUGUGGAAGUUAAGAAGGCGAUAAAAGAGAUUUUUCAACCGAAACUUUUGGUGGUAAGUUGUGUUGUACUUGGUGGGCCUGGAUGUUUCGAUAAUGGUGAAAACCUAAGGAUUUGGUUUCCUUACUGCAAAUACAGCUGAAAUAAAGAAUUUUGAUGGAACUGCCGAAAUUUUACAGCUUGUCUUACAGCCCUAUCCACUCUGACUUGCAUAUUUUAGCCGUCAAAUCAUCUAAACGGCUCUUCAGAGAUCCCUGAACAAGUAACAGUCUCUUUUUCUGGUGGAGUUGACAGUUUGUUUGUCACAGUCGUAGCUGCGACCGUUUUGGACGAGGUUAAGCAGUUCAACCUUGUCAACACAGUCUUUGGAAAGACCGAAAAUGAUUUUAACUCGGCUUCUGAUCGGAUAAAAGGCCGGGAAGCUUUUGAAUGGCUAUCUGAACAGUGAGUAAAGGGUUUCUAGUUAAAUUUACGACCCAAUUUUUUGAUUUUUAAGUCUUAAAAAUACGUGCUUCUCAUUGAAUUUUGUUUUUGACCUGAUAUUGUCAUGGAUAAUAUAAUUUUUUUAGUUUUGGCCCGCGGUUUUCGAUGAUUGAAGUGAAUGUUUCGCACAGUGAGGUCCAGGAAUGCCGAAGCAAGAUAGAACGAGCAAUGUUGCCAAAUUUUACAAUCCUAGAUGAGUCGUUGGCUUCGGUUGUUUGGUUUGGAUCCAGAGGAAAGGGGAAACAGGUCUUUUAUAAAGACCAGAAAGGCCUCGAAUUGUAAGAUUUGGCUUUUUUUGGUUUCUAGACACUCAGUAUUCAUUUUUUCAGUAAACCAUCAAGUUUUGCCUUUUGUGGAAGUGGAUCUGACGAAUUGCUUGGCGGAUACGCCCGACAUCGCACCUAUUUUGAAAAAGGAGGGUGGCCGGAACUCCUAGAAGGCUUGGAGAUGGAAAUAGGCCGGAUAGGAGCGAGAAAUUUUGGCCGGGAUGAUCGAAUUACCGUUUCCAAUGGGGUUAGUCUAAUGUAGGUUGAUUUUAAACGGGAGGUAAUGGUCAAAAAGAGAGAGUGACAGUGGGGGACUUGAUCCAGUGGGAAAAAACGUAUCAUUUUGCUUCCGGGAAGUAUCAAAAAUGUGGCAAAUGCUUCCCUCUUCAAGUGAAAAAACUUCGUUUUGAAGGGCGCGUUCUUUUUCCUCACAAAAUUGCGGGAGCGCUUUUGAAAUCUGAGUUUUUUCACUUGGAGAGGGAGGUAUUUUGCCAUAUUUUUUGAUACUUCCCGGAUGCAAAAUGGUACGUUUUUUGCCACUGGAUCAGGUCCCCCACUGUAAAAGAUAGAGUAUGGUCUGCGAUUUUAUUUUGCUGUCUGUCCAAAUUACGGCAGAGAAUGAGGAAAUCAGCAAUCAAAAUUUCAGUGCCCCAUUUAUGCAUGAUCGAUUUGUUGAAUGGAUGGCUACGAUUCCGCUUCCCUAUCGCGUUGAUUUCCGUGAACCUCGAGGAAUCGGCGAGAAGAAGCUGCUCAGAGUUGCGCUGAGGCUCCUGGGGCUUCCACCCCAUCUGACGGACACGCCAAAACGCGCAAUGCAAUUUGGAAGUGGGUAUGCGAAACGCCAAAACAAGGGGAUGAAAGGAAAUGAUCGAUCGGGCGACUUGUAG